UUGUUUUAAUCUGUCCGGACUCGGACGUGGACGCGCCUGUUUGCUGACACCAUGAACCGAGAAGAAGUGUGGCUGUACGCGAUGGGCAUCCUCUCGGGUGCACUGGUGCUCUGUGUGCUGGCACUGCUGUGCUACUUCACCUGCCGGCUGGCAUCCAGGCUGCUUCCUGUGGGUGCCCCUCUGCACUUCUGAAGAAAGGGACGGUUCUGCCGCGCUCUCUGAGUUCCCCUGAGCACCUCGUGCUGGUUAGAUGGAUGGAUUCAAGCUUCUGCGGUGAGGGAGGAAGGUACCAGUCUGACGACACAAGACUCGGAGCGUGCUGUCCGGCUCAGGGACAGCGGCAGGCAUCUGGGAUACGCUGGUAUAACGACAGACUGAUGAAGGCUCUCGCACUCCUCCUCUCCUGCCUGCUGUGGGGGAGCCUAGCAAAGCCCAAGUUCCCCGAAGAGGAGAAAAAUCCAUCUUUCUGGAACGCGUGGGCGCAGCGCACGCUGAAGGACGCCCUGACUCUUCAGGUCCUCAACAGGAACAUCGCCAAAAACCUCAUCCUCUUCCUUGGAGAUGGUAUGGGCGUUCCCACGGUAACGGCGGCGAGGAUUCUGAAGGGUCAGUUGAACGGGUGCUACGGAGAAGAGGUUCAGCUGGAGAUGGACAAAUUCCCCUACGUGGCUCUGGCCAAGACGUACAACACCGACGCCCAGGUGGCAGACAGCGCAGGUACUGCCACGGCGUACCUGUGCGGGGUGAAGGCCAACGAGGGCACGGUGGGGGUCAGCGCGGCAGCCGUCCGGGGUCAGUGCAACACCACGCAGGGCAAUGAGGUCACCUCCAUACUGAAAUGGGCCAAAGACGCAGGGAAGUCUGUGGGGAUCGUCACGACGACGCGUGUGAACCACGCCACCCCCAGCGCAGCGUACGCCCACUGUGUGGACCGAGACUGGUACUCGGACGGAGAGAUGCCCCCAGAGGCGGUGCAGGCGGGUUGCAAGGACAUCGCCAGGCAGCUCAUGGAAAACAUCCCCAACAUCAACGUGAUUAUGGGUGGAGGGAGGAAGUACAUGCUGCCUGAGAACACGUCAGACGUGGAGUACCCCAGCACACGCGGCACACGCAAGGAUGGGAGGAACCUGAUUGAGGAGUGGGUAGACAGGACAAAGGACAAGAGGGGUUACUACGUAUGGAACAAGAAGGAUCUACUUUCUAUAAAUCCCUCUUCUGUCGAUUACCUGAUGGGACUGUUCGAGCCUGGAGAUCUGCCUUACGACCUGGAGAGAAACACUAGCAUGGAUCCGUCCCUCACAGAGAUGGUGGAGGUAGCUGUUAAGAUCCUCAAAAACAACCCAGAAGGCUUUUAUCUGCUAGUAGAAGGGGGCCGAAUAGACCACGGGCACCAUGAGGGCAAGGCCAAGCAGGCCCUGCACGAGGCUGUAGAGAUGGACCGCGCCAUUGGUCAUGCAGGCCUCCUCACCAGCCCUCACGACACCCUGACCGUGGUCACUGCCGACCACUCGCACGUCUUCGACUUCGGAGGCUACACCCGCCGAGGGAACUCAAUCUUCGGACUGGCGCCCAUGGUGAGCGAUGUUGACCAGAAGCCCUUCACCGCCAUUUUGUAUGGAAACGGCCCAGGGUUCAAGCUGGUAAACGGGUCAAGGGUCAACGUCUCCACAGUGGACUAUCAGCAAAACAACUAUCAGGCACAGGCAGCGGUUCCGUUACGCAUGGAGACCCACGGAGGGGAGGAUGUGGCCGUGUUCUCCCGGGGGCCGAUGGCGCACCUGCUGCACGGCGUCCAGGAGCAGAACUACAUCCCCCACGUCAUGGCCUACGCGGCCUGCAUCGGCCAGAACAAAGACCACUGCCAAAAGGGCAACAGCGCUGUCCGCUCCUCGGCACUUGCCCCGCCCACUUUGGGCCUCGUCAUCACAGUCACCUGGUUACUGUGCUGACGCCACAUCUGCUGUGAUUUAACUCCCGCCGUGGUCAGAGUACAGACAGACGUAGCCGGGGUUCUUCUCAUGGACAUUAGGGACAUUGUGAAAUUUUUAUGAAAGUGAUCUAAAGGCAAAUGAAAACUUUUAUUACGUGAAAAGGGGUCAGCUCUUGUGCAGUCCACAACUUAUGUAAAGUCAGCACCAUAUUGAUUUAACACACGUUGACAUUACCCUACAGAGUAAAAAUAGCAAGAUAGUUGGACCAAAUUUUUUUAAUGCAAGCCACUAACUGUCAAAAUUAUUCUAAAAAAUCGUGAUUAUAAUUUGUUCAUUUUAAUUCCUUAAUUAUGAUACUUUUAUCAUUUGUAAUUGGACGUCAAAAUCUACCUCAAUCAUUUUUAUUUACAUUUUCCUUAAUUUUGGGACUUGGGCUGUUAAUAAAAUAAUAUAAGAAAUGAUGAGAA